ACCGUAAAAAGUUUUUAUAUAUACAAAAUGCAGAAACAGGCCACCUUAUUGGCCCUUUUCGCCAUUAUAUUUGCGCUGUUUAUUAGUACAUCUUCCGCAGCCGCUGAGGACAAAGAAGCUUAUGGAACUGUUAUCGGUAUCGAUUUGGGUACAACUUACUCUUGUGUUGCUGUUCAAAAGAACGGACGUGUUGAAAUUAUUGCUAAUGACCAAGGUCAUCGUAUCACCCCCUCAUAUGUUGCUUUCACUGAUGACGAACGUUUAAUCGGUGAUGCUGCCAAGAAUCAAUUCUCUGCCAACCCUGAACGUACUGUUUUUGAUGCUAAGCGUCUUAUUGGUCGUCGUUAUACCGAUAAGGAAGUCAAGCAAGAUAUGAGACACUUCCCCUUCUCUAUUGUCAACAAGAAUGGUGCUCCCAACAUCAAGGUUGCUGUUAAGGGUGAAGAUAAGGUCUUCACUCCUGAGGAAAUUUCCGGUAUGGUUUUACUCAAGAUGAAGGAGACUGCUGAAGCUUACCUUGGUAAGGCUGUCACCCAUGCUGUUGUUACUGUCCCCGCUUAUUUCAACGAUGCCCAACGUCAAGCUACUAAGGAUGCUGGUACUAUUGCUGGUUUAAACAUUAUUCGUAUUCUCAAUGAACCUACUGCCGCUGCUAUUGCUUACGGUUUGGAUAAGACUGGUGGUGAGAAGAACGUCCUCGUCUACGAUUUAGGUGGUGGAACCUUCGAUGUGUCUCUCUUGUCUAUUGAUGAUGGUAUCUUUGAAGUUUUGGCUACUGCUGGUGAUACUCACUUGGGUGGUGAAGAUUUUGAUGCUCGUGUUAUUGAUCACUUUGUUAAGGUCUGGAAGAAGAAGAACGACGGUGAGGAUAUUACUAAGGAUCUUAAGACUAUGAGUAAGCUUAAGCGUGAGGUUGAAAAUGCUAAGCGUGCUCUUUCUUCUCAAAUGUCUGUUCGUGUUGAGAUCGAAUCUUUCUUCCAAGGUAAAGACUUUUCCGAAACAUUGACUCGUGCCAAGUUCGAGGAACUCAACAACGAUUUGUUCCGUAAGACCUUGAAGCCUGUCGAACAAGUCAUCAAGGAUGCUGGUUUCACCAAGGAGAAGGUUGACGAAAUUGUUCUCGUUGGUGGUUCUACUCGUAUUCCCAAGGUCCAAAAGCUCCUCACUGAUUUCUUCAACGGUAAGAAGCCUUCUAAGGGUAUUAACCCUGAUGAAGCUGUUGCCUUCGGUGCUGCCGUUCAAGGUGGUAUUCUUUCUGGUGAAGAGUCUUCCGAUAAGGUUUUGUUGUUGGAUGUUAACCCUUUGACUCUCGGUAUUGAGACCACUGGUGGUGUCAUGACUAAGCUUAUUCCCCGUAACACUGUUAUCCCCACCAAGAAGUCUCAAAUCUUUUCCACUGCUGCCGAUAACCAACCCACCGUCUUGAUUCAAGUCUUCGAAGGUGAACGUGCUUUGACCAAGGAUAACAACAUCCUCGGUAAGUUUGAAUUGACUGGUAUUGCUCCCGCUCCUCGUGGUGUUCCCCAAGUCGAAGUCACUUUUGAAAUUGAUGCCAAUGGUAUCUUAAAGGUCAGUGCUGCCGAUAAGGCCUCUGGAAAGUCUGAAUCUAUCACAAUUACCAAUGAUAAGGGUCGUCUCUCUGAAGAAGAUAUUGAACGUAUGGUAAAGGAAGCUGAGGAAUUUGCCGAAGAAGAUAAGGCUGUUCGUGACCGUACCGAAGCCAAGAACAAGUUGGAGAACUACAUUUAUACCGUUAAGGGUCAAUUAGGUGAGGAUGGUGCUCUUGCUACCAAGAUCUCAGCCGACGAAAAGGAAUCUAUUGAGGAUGCUAUUAAGGAUAAGCUCUCUUGGAUCGAUGAAAACCCCACUGCUCUUCGUGAAGACUUUGAUGAAAAGCGUGAGGAAUUAGAAUCUGUUAUUAACCCUAUCACUACCAAGUUGUAUGCUGAUGGUUCUUCCGACUCUGAUGAGCCUUUGAGAGAUCACGAUGAAUUGUAAAUUGACUCUAUCCCCCCUCCACAUCUCCAAUCUCCCUCCCCCUUUUAUACGUUAUACACACUUUUUUUUUUUUUUCAAAUUGAAAAAAAAUAGCCUUCAAAUAAAAUAAAUAAAUAAGCACUGUGCUUCUAUUCUCAAUU